CGCUGGUGCCGCUCACCGCCAUCUGCCUGGGUGACUCAAUCCUGCAACCACUUAGAAGGAUCUAGAAGUCGCUGCCCUUGCCCUUGUGGUGGUACCCAGAUGUGCUCUGCGACCAGUGACACCAGGAGCAGUCGUUCUCUCUGGUUUGCAGGGCCUGGCCUCAGCCUGAGGUCUGUAGCAGUCUGUGCGCCUGCUGAAAUCACUCUCUGCAUUUAGCUCUUGGAGCUCUGGCUUCAGGAGGGAAAAAUUCCAAAUUGUGAACAUCUAGAUGUAAGUCAGGGAAGGACUGCUGUAGGCACCCGGGCUGCUGCAAUUUGGUGAUAGUUCAGAUCCACCACUGACUGAAAACCAUGACUGGGCUCAAACUGUGAAUCUCUUCCUGACUGGGAAAAUAGAAAGUGCUGUUACCUCAUUAGGUGCUUGCAGUGGAGAGCUGGAACAGCACACAGAGAGACGAGGAGUCAUCUAUAGUCCUUCUUGGCCAUUGAACUAUCCUCCAGCUGUAAACUGCAGCUGGUACAUUCAAGGAGAUCGUGGAGACAUGAUAACCAUUAGUUUUAAGAACUUCGAUUUGGAAGACUCUCAGAAGUGUGCAGUAGACUGGUUGAUGAUUGGCCCCUCUUCCAAGAGGGAGGAGUACAAAGUGUGUGGAUCAUCCAUACCUCCAUCUUUCAUCUCUGCAAGGGACCAUGUUUGGAUAUUUUUUCACUCAGAUGCAUCAAGCUCAGGACAAGCUCAGGGAUUUCGCCUUUCUUAUAUUAGAGGAAAGAUAGGUCAGGCUGUAUGCCAGCCAGAUGAAUUCCACUGUGCAAAUGGAAAGUGUAUUCCCAGUACUUGGAAGUGUAAUUCCAUGGAUGAGUGUGGUGAUAACUCGGAUGAGAGAAACUGCACUGUCCCUCCAACAGAGCCUCCAUCCAGCAUCUGUCCCUCAGGAAUGUUCCAGUGCAGUGCAGCCCACUCCACCAAGUGCUUGAUGAACGAGCUGAGAUGUAAUUCAGUUAAGGACUGCAGUGAUGGUUCGGAUGAAGAUAAUUGUCCUGAUCUUUCCUGUGGCAAAAGGCUGGGUAAUUUUUAUGGAUCUUUUGCUUCCCCAGAUUUAUUCCGUGCUGAUCACAGCAGAUCAGACCUUCGCUGCACAUGGUACGUGGACACACAAGAUAAUCGACAUGUUCUGUUGCAGCUUGAUUUGCAGUUAGGCUACAACGACUAUGUAAAGGUGUAUGAUGGCAUUGGAGAGAGAGGUGAUAAAUUAAUGCAAACGUUUUCGUACCAUAACAAUAGGCAUUCGGUGAGCGUGGAGUCAUCAAAGGGCCAGCUCACUGUCUCAUAUCAUGCUCGCUCCAAGAGCACUGGCCACGGGUUCAAUGCGACCUAUCAGGUGAAAGGCUAUUGCCUUCCUUGGGAACACCCUUGUGGAAGCGAUGAGGAGUGUUUCACAGAUAAGCAGCAUUGUGAUGGCUGGUGGCACUGUCCGAAUGGCAAGGAUGAGGAGAACUGUCCUGCUUGCCAGAAGAAUGAAUACCCAUGUGAAGGAAACAGUGGGCUUUGUUACUCAAUACUUGAUCGCUGCAAUAACCAAAAGAACUGCCCAGAUGGCUCGGAUGAAAAAAACUGCUUUACUUGCCAGCCAGGAAACUUCCAUUGUGGUACAAAUCUGUGCAUCUUUGAGACUUGGCGCUGCGACGGCCAAGAAGACUGUCAGGAUGGAAGUGAUGAACACAACUGCCUGGUGAUUGUUCCCAGGAAGGUCAUCACAGCUGCUCUGAUUGGGAGUCUUGUGUGUGGCUUGCUGCUGGUGAUAGCACUGGGUUGUGCAUUUAAAUUAUAUUCUCUGAGGACCAGGGAAUACAGAGCCUUUGAGACCCAGAUGACGCGACUCGAGGCAGAGUUUGUGCGGCGGGAAGCUCCACCUUCCUAUGGGCAGCUGAUUGCACAAGGACUUAUCCCCCCAGUUGAAGAUUUCCCUGUGUACAAUGCGUCACAAGCUUCUGUGCUGCAGAACAUUCGAACAGCCAUGAGGAGACAGAUGAGACGACACUCGUCAAGACGGAGCUCAUCUCGGCGGCGCUUGGGCAGGCUCUGGAACAGACUCUUCCACAGACCUCGGGUGAGAGGACAGAUCCCGCUCCUGACGCCUGCCCGCACUUCACAGACUACACUGGGUGAUGGAAUCAUCAACCAUGCUGAUGGGACUAUUCGGAGUCCUCCACCUUCCCCCGAAGGACCUAGUUUAGAGGCAAAUGCCCGUAGCCAAGCCAGGGGCCUACAAGAAGCUGGAUGUAGCAGCUUGCAGCCAGAGACUGAAAUCACAGAGCCAUCACCUUCAAAUGUCUUGUCGAAUACUUGCACAGCAGCACAUGCAGAGCCUGAGGCUGGACGCGCUGAUAAAUCUUUAGGUGCUGAGACCUCUGGCAGUGAGCUUAAGCAGUCCAGUAAAGUGGAUUCAGGAAAGGCUUUUAGAGAUCCUUUAUCUGAAAGUGUUACAGAAACGAUCCAUGGAGGGUCAGCAUCCAGGAGGACUGUCCCAGAGGACAGUAGUUUAAGUAGAAGUCAUCCGCUGAGUGAAGAGCCAUGUAUGUUACCCUUAAAAAAGUGGGAGUCUGCUUAUCCAGACAGCCCUAUGCAUGUUCAUAUCCAAGUGGAUGGACAAAACCGAUGUUGCCCUAACUCAUACCGGGAGGAGCCUUUGGGUAUUCAUGCAGCUUGUUGCCAUUCUGUGGAAGUGCCAAUGUUAGAGUCCUCUACUCCCCUCUCUGAAAUCAAUACCAGUGAUGAUGAAUCUUUACUUGUUUGCUAAUAAAAGUUUUUGUUUUGGCCCUGUAAGUUUUGUAACUUCAUUGUUUAUAUCACAGUGCACUUUGAUAGGUGAUAUGUCUGUGCUCUCAACUUUGUCUUUUAAAACCAGUGUGCUUUAAUCCCACGGGGAGUGCAGUACAAGACUAAAUGGGACAAAUUUUUGUCUUCGUUGCUAUUCCUGAAACUCCAGUGGGGCAGAAGUAGGCCAGUAUGCGAUGUCAGGGGCUAGGAGAGCAAGAAUGUGUCACUGCAGUUUGGAGGCAUCUCCAUCCUCUGGUAUUUCUUCUGUGCAUUUAUUCACUGCAUUCAGGGAAUUAGUGUUUCUUGGCUUUUCAAGUGGUCUUACUGAAACUAGAGAGCGCUCUGUUGGAACCUGGGGCAGGCACCAGUCAUUGUAACUAUGAGUACUAAACUAGAAAGAAUGUCUUUUUAGACAUCAUAAUUUAAUUAAAACUUAAUAAUUUUAAUUACAAAUACUUAGAAGGUAUUUCCUUUGUAAGGUAAAUCCUUUGUAGCUUCCUCUUUAUAGAAAUUGCUCACUUCCUUUGCUCCUUUCAGAAAUGUUUUGAUGGCCAUAUGUACCUUGAAGUAUCCUCUAAAACCAAAGUUUCUGUAUAGAAUACCCAGAAUGAUACCAGGUGUCUUAAUCUGCUACAGUUUUGUAAUAAGAGAUUAACAGUGUUCAGUAUAAGCGGAGUGCAUUGAACCCUGGUUGCAGCAAUAUUUCUUUUUUGUGUUGUCAUAUGUUACAUUCUUUUCAUAGUGAUGUUGUGAAGGUUGAAGAAUUGUUUGCUUUCUCCCUACCCUCUUUUUCCCCUCCUCCUUUCUCUUUUCAGGGACUUUCAUGAUUAUACCAAUUUGGGUGUGCCCUGAAGGACACUGAGGCUUCACAGCUCCCAUUGGCUGCAGUAGGAAGCACUGAGCACUUGGAAACUGUCAGGAUCGGACUUCUAUUUUAUUUUUAAAUAAAAUCUGCUUCACAGGUUUGCUUGUAAAUCCGCUACCUAGGUGCAGAUGUAUAAAUCAGGUCUGUUUUUAGUUUUUAUUUUUAGAGGAUGCUAUUUUGUUUGCUUUUUUCUUUUAAGAACUGAAAUAGAUCAGUGCCAUUUCCAAAGCUGACGCUGUGUGGAUUGUACAAUGCUUAAAUGUAAACUGGUGCCUUUUUGGUUUUUAGAGUGUAAUUAAAAGCAAGCAAGUUAUUUACCUGGAAGGGUGACAUUGCUUAAGCAGGAGUGAGUUGGUGCAGAAUGACAGAAUACUACUGUGUGAUAGCUUGACCCUGUUGCAAUGGUUGGGGUGUUGGCCGGGCUCCCCCAUGCUCUAAUGAGCUCUGGUUCAAUUCCCCCAUGACGCAGUGACAAACUAAGAUGCUUUACAUAGGAAUUAAGAAGGAAGUUGCUGCUGCUGCUCUGUAAAUGCCUGAGUGCUCUGAAGCCUGUUCAUUGCUGUAGGAAUUCAAGUCGCCCAAAGUUAUUAAUUGAACUUGUAGAGUUGAGGUGGACUUUGGCAUCCGUGGACCUGGGCUCUGCUGUCCACAGGACUCUCCUGGCUAUAAAAGCAAACAGGCUUUCGCAGUGAACGGUUAAGUUUACAUCAAAGUGUCAAAGAUGUUUUACCUUUAAAUGGGCUAUAUCUUGCCCUGGAUCUUUUACUAGGACUCCCUUUGGGAGUGCCUUAAAAAGAACAAGGAAUAGGACUUUGGCUUUUUUUUUUUUUCUCUGCAGUUGCAGGUUGGUUUCAUACUGUGCAUUCCAGAGGCAGAAGAUUCAAACUCCUUAAGGGCAUUUAUAGCAGGAAGGGCUUGUGGCAAAAUGCGUAACGAGUAAGAGUCGUAGUUACAUAAAAUAAAUACUGCUCGCUCAUCUUUUUUUUUCAAGUGCUUUUGUGAUCAGAAUUCAUUUCGUCGAAGGAAAUGCAGUUUUGAAAGAGAUCUUGCUUUCAUAGCAUUUGUAAACAUUUUAGGUACAUUCCACCUUUGCAAGGCCAUGUACUGUAGUCAUUACACUGCCAGGGUUGUUUGCAUCUAAGGCUACAGGUUUUGGUGUCCUUCUUUUUGUCUAAAGGUAAUUUUAAAUACAUAGAAUUGUAUGUGUAAAGUAGUUAAUUAUAAUUGGGAGGAAGAUUAUAUUUCAAGGUUAAUAUUGUGUAGAUAUGAAGGACCUUAGAAAUAAGUGUGUGCUUAAUUCUGUUACAGAACUGUAUUUCUAUAAUAAAAUAAUGUUGAUCGUACUAUGUCUUAAACUAUUGCCACUGUAAGGCUCUUAAAAUACGAACUUCAGAAUACUGCUAUAUUUUGGGAACAACCCUGAACAGCUAACACUGUAUUUUAUUUUAAGAUGUGUAACUUCACAUAAUUUCUUACAUAUACAUAUUUUGUGUACUGAUCCAUUUGGUAACUUGGUGGAAAUUUCAUUGAGAAGGUUUUAUUUCUAGAAACUUAAAAAAAUCCAUGUUAAUGAAAAUUUGAUGCUUGAAGGGUGCAGAAAUGUUCACAGCCCUCACUACUGGAAUUUAUAGCCUUGCAUAGUGCUCUUUGUAAGCACCUAACUUUUGUAUUCUGCAACACAGUAUUCUCUCCCAGCUCCCCUAGCUCAUUCCUUGGAGGGAAGAGUCACAAAUUUAGUGUUAGUUUUGCAGAAGAAAUCUCGAUGUCUGCGCUGUGAGCACAAACAAGUGCAUUGCAGUGUCCUGGAAUGUCAAUACCUGAAGAAACCACGAAGUCUGCCUUAGUGUAUGUCUGCCCUUCCUCCAGCUCUUGUAAGCAUUAAACAGUGAAUCAGCCAUCCUCAAAGACACUGUUCUGUUUUAUGUAAGCUGCCUCCUUGUAUUCAGAACUUCUGAAAAUUAAAAAAAAAAAAGUGAAAAACUGCUACUAUGCCAGACAUGCGAACAGGAAGAUCUCGUUACAUUUCUUUGCUCAGUGGAAAAUACCACACUUCAAUGACUAUACAACCUAAAGUUAAUCUGCUAAUAAACUUGUUAAUUUUUUAAUUUUAUUUUAAUAAUGCUUUUCUGCACUCUUUAAAGAUUUUUGCAGGCAGAAAGUAUUUAGGAUAGUUGGGUGGGGUUUUUUGUUUGUGUUUGUUUGGUUUUUUUCCCCCAGAUACAAAACUCCCCUGUUAAGCAGCCAAAAAACCCCUCCCUAAAAAAAUCUCUGAAUAGACAAUACCACCUACACUGGUUUAAGAAGAAUGGAAGCUCAUCAGCAGCAUUAAGGGAAAAGUGACCCCCUUACGUUUUCUCUUACUGCUAUUAAAACAUGGGAAGUAUUUCUGUUUGAAAUUCUGGCACCUUCCAGCUUGUGUAUGACUCUGUAACAUCCCUUAAAUGUACUCGUUUUCUGUUCUCUGCUUUUUAAAAAUUUUUUUUAUUUUUAUUUACAUGUUGUAUAUAUUCAUUUAGAUAUAACAUUUUACCUUAACGUAUGUACAGGUAUAUGGUUCAGGUAUGGCAUCAUGGUUGCCAGUGUCUGCUGGUUCCUGGACAAUGAUACUAAGCAAGUAAGAUGCUGGGCAUCAUCAUACUUUGCUCUUGCUUUGGAUUUCUUCAUUUUUAAUAAAAUUUCAUGUGCCCAGAGA